AUGAAAAUGUCAAAGUGUCUGUCGCUUCUGAUUCCAAUUUUCAUCAUCUUUCUGGGUGCCACGUCACAAGAAAUGACAAAAGCUCAGUGUGAGUUCGAGUAGAAUUAGAACUAUUAAGAGCGAUUUAAUUGACGCUUCAGAUGCCACUUACAACAAGUUUCUGGCCGAUCAAAAACGACUUUGGGACGACUUGUUCACCGGCUACGAUCCGACAAUCAGUGCCAUCUAUACUUUGUGUACGUGUUUCUCGGUCAAUUUUGAACAUUUUUCAAAUGUUAAAAAACGAAUCGAAAGAUAAUGUCAUGCUCUACAACUUGUUUGUUGAUCAUUUGUCAAGAGCACGCUCCUGUGUCGAGAUAUUUGGCCUUGACAGCAAAACACUCAUGUUUCUAGUAAAUCAACAAUAUCAUGAAAAGUGAUAAACCGCAAAGUUUUAGAGAAUACAAUUCUCUAUCGAUUGGUUUUUUAACUUUUGAAAAAUCUUCAAAACUGACCGAGAAAAACUGUGGUUCAGAUGAUUCCGAAUGGAUAAAUCAGAGCGCUACCGUACACCCGCCAAUCACAGUUCUCAACUUAACCAUGGCAAUGCUGAAACUGGUGGAUGUGGUGAAUAUUGUCCGUCAAAAGUUUCCCCGGCCGAUAUUGUCGACGUUGUAGGUGGAGGUCGAGGAGAAAGUCACGUUUCUGUUCGACUACAUCGCCGAGUGGACGGACACGCGGUUGCGAUGGAAUCCACUCGAAUACGGUGGAAUUAGCCACAUUUACGUGCCGCACGAGAAGAUUUGGCUGCCCGAAAUCACUAUUGUCGACGCGCACGAGGUUAAGUUUUUCAAUUCGGAAGACGCUCCACCCACUGCGUGGAUCAAUUACAACGGCAGCACCGGCUUCUACACUUCCACAGUCUCGUCCGUCAUUUGCACAUUGGAUGUACGUACGGCUGUCUAGACAGAACGGCGCGCAGUCAAAGGUGUGGCCGUGGCCUAGGAAAAUGCUCGGCCUUAUAAUCUUCCUCUUUUUGCGAAACAUGCACACUUUCGAGGCUACGGCCACAUGUUUGACUGCGCGCUGUUAAGUUUAUAUGCUCUUUUAAGAUACUUGUUCCCUGGUCCACGGCGACCAAAUGUCUAGAAAGGGGCGUGGCCUAAUCUGAGACGCGUUUUCUGAAAAUUGCCGCAAUUCCAUCACUUUUCCGAUAUUUUUGUGUUUGAUAUCGACGAAAGAAGAGACAUUAAAGAGAGAAAACAGCGAAAUUUUCGUGAAAACGCCGCGUUUGAGACGUUUUUCGCAUAUUUCGCAAUACGCUCUCCGCGGCCAAUCGCCGCCGCAAUUUCGGAAUUUUCAUACCGGCCGAUCUGGAUAGUUUUAAGACGAAGUGAGUGUCGGAAGUGAUUAAGCACGUUAAUACAAGUAUUUUAGGCGUUCAAACGGCAAAAAGUGUCGGCGAGUGACUGAAAUUCGCGCAUUUUCAGCACAAAACUUGAAAAUCGAUUCAAUUGAUUGAAUUUCUGAAUGAAACCUGCUUGUUUUAAGCUCAAAAAGUGCGCGCGAUGAUCAGUUUAACAAAGUUAUGCAAUCGCAUCGUCGAAACCCGUACAAAAUUUGUGUAAUUUUUGACGAAAAACAUGAAAAAUGGGGUUAAAUUUCGAAUUUCGCGCCAAAAUGGUGAUAAACCGUGCACGCUAGGCCCCACGCCCCUUUCUACUAUACAAGUUGCAAAAGAAAAAGUGUACAUUUUGAGGUGUACAAAUUCCCGAUGGACAAGCACGAGUGCGGAGUGAACGUGCUCUUCCACACCUACUUCCCCAACGAGUAUCGCAUCCAAAGUUUCAAAGGAGACGUCGGAAAACCGUUGUCGCAGCUCGGAAACGGCGAGUGGGAAGUCACGUGGAUCGGUGUGUACGACGAUCCGCAGAGCGUCGCAAACACUUCGGCACUGCAGCGAUUCGACGCAAAAUUCUCGAGAAAUCCCGGAUUUUAUGUGGCCCUGGUCAUGGUCCCCGCGUAUUUCAUAAACGCUUUGUCGAUCAUCGCCAUCUUUACCAAUAUGGAGAACAUUGCGGAGAAGGUAGUGUUUAUUCGAAGCGAUAUAUCUCAACUGCCGGCGGAGUUUGCAAAAAGUUGUCAACUGACAAAAUGUUACUGGACAUAUUGUGCACAUUUUCUUAGUUGACCACUCAUUGAUAUCGCCACAGAUAGCUUCUCAAUUUCAGCUAACCGUGGGGCUCACAAACAUCAUGGCAAUGACAUUCAUCUUGGUGAUUUUGGCGGCAGAUUUACCGAAAACCAAAAAGAUUCCACUGCUCGGUUAGUUAGGGCUGGGCCUCAGACUUCGUGGACUUGGAUUGAAGCGUCUUGGGUCCAAGUUUGUUCGUUAAUACUUCCACUUUCAGCGAUCUACGUGAUAGUUGGCCUUGUAAUCGUCAUGGUCUCCAUCGCAAUUGUCCUAAUACUGAACCGCUUCAAAAAGUAUCAAAAAGCGCAGAAGAACAACGAGGAGAAGCCGGAGGCCACCAGGUACCGUAAUCCUCCAGCCGACGCCUCGAUGCUCUUUCAGAUGCCCGAUGAUUCUGGCGAAGAUCUUCCGAAUCGAGUACAUUCUGAUGUUCAUCUUCCAGCUCGCCAACUUUAUCAACUUUAUCAUUUUGUUCGUCUAA